ACUAGAGGCACACACGCACACAAACACACAAUGGCAAGAUUCCGACCUAGCAACACCAGCAACACUAACGACAACAACAACAAUCACAACAACGCCCCAACAGGUGCUACACCGCUGUUCCAGUCGGAUCUACCUCAUCUGGCUGCAUCUGCCUCGUCUAGCGGUAAAGCUCGAGGAGGAGGAACAGCAGCAGCAGGAGGAGAAUUCCCGUCUACUGCGGGGAGUGCUGGUGCUGGUGCUGGUGUACGACGACCGGGUUUCGCGACUCCUGGUGGGGGGAAACAAGGGUUUGGGGGGAAGACGACGACUGAUGCGGGAGGGUCUUGGGCUGGUGGAAGGGGGUUGGGAGUUGGGAUGGGGCCGAAGAGACAUCGAAAGGUCCUUCGCGAUAACCUUCAAGGCGUUACGAAAGGCGACAUCCGCCGCCUCGCGCGCCGCGGCGGCGUCAAACGUAUUCAAGCGACCAUUUACGACGAGACGAGACUCGUCCUUCGCAAACGACUAGAAGCGCUGUUGAAGGACAUUUGUGCCGUCGUGGAACUCUCGGACCGCAAGACGGUGUGUGUGACGGAUGUGGUGUUUGUGUUGAAUCGCAUGGGCAGGCCGCUUUAUGGGUUUGGGGGGGCUGAGCGGUGAAGAGAGCUGUUGCGGGUUGGGUCAGGGAGGGUGUGGUAAAGCUUUUCUUACGGGUUUCGCGAUCUGAUUCGAGUUGGCAAGGUACCUCGUAGUUUUUAUCUUUCGGCAUUUCGAAGAUACCUACUAGGUACAUUUGGAGCAGAUGAUCUCGCGCGGGGUGUGAAGGCGUGCACGUUUCUCAAGAGUGCUCGUCGUGGUGGUAGUGAGUUGAGGUGAGGUGGAAAGCGUAUCGCCGUUGCACAGCGUAUUGAAGAGGUUAUGUACCUAGACCGAAGCGUUUACAACCAACCAAUACUCGUUCCUUCAGCUUUCAAAAAAGCAAGAAAAAGCAAA